AGGUAAUGAGAUGCCGGCCUAAAGCAAGCAAAAAAUCAGUUUUUCCAAAUUGCCUUUUGGGUAGCGUUUUGUAGUUUUGACAUGGGUGAAUCAGCUUCUACAAAGAAUUUUCCUCAUAUAGCUAUAUGUCCAAGUGCAGGAAUUGGACACUUAGUCCCAUUCCUUCGUUUAGCUUCAAUGCUAUCGUCUUCCAAAUGUAAAGUAACUCUUGUCACAAUUCAACCAACACUUUCUAUUGCAGAAACCAACCAAAUCUCUACUUUCUUAUCCUCUCACCCUCACGUUAACUCCCUUGAUAUUCCUCUUCAAUGUCAACCACCUCUGAUCUCCACCAAUGCCAAUAAUGCCUCCACUACCACCUCCAAGGGUAGUGGUCCUGACCCAUUUAUGCUACGCUACGAUGCCGUUUCUCGCUCCGCUCACCUCCUCACUCACCACCUCUCCACCCUAUCUCCUCCCCCUUCCGCUGUCUUCUCAGACAUCAUGCUUGUUUCAGGCUUCAACCAAGCUCUCGCCGAUCUCGGUAUUCCUAACUAUGUUCUUAUCACCACCUCAACAAGGUUUUUCUCUCUCACUACCUACCUUCUUCUCGAAGGAGCAACUCAAGAUAGCACUAUGCCGAAACUCGAGCUUAAUAAUAGCUUAGAUGAGGAAGUUGAAAUUCCUCCUGGUUUAGCUACUGUCCCGAAAUCGAGUAUACCUCCGCCUUUCUUCAAUCCAAACCACAUUUUCACCAAGAUGCUUGCAUCCAACUCCCUGGCGCUUUAUAAGGUGAACGGCAUUGUCUUCAAUAGCUUCAAUUCUUUCGAACUCGAAACAAUCUCCGCUCUUCAAGAACGCAAAGUCUUAAGCAAUCUCCCCCCGAUCUUCCCCAUCGGGCCAUUGAAGCCCUUUGUUAAUGAAAAACAAGGUGUUUACCCUUACACAAAGUGGUUAGACGAGCAGCCGAAUAAAUCGGUGCUCUACAUUUCGUUUGGGAGCAGGACUGCUAUGAACCAGGAACAGAUACAGGAGCUCGGAGUUGGAUUGGAGAAAAGCGGGGUGCGAUUCUUGUGGGUGAUUAAGACUACUACAGUUGACAAAGACGAGAAGGUGGAUAGUGUAGAUGAAUUGCUAGGAGAGGGUUUCCUUGACAGGACAAAAGAGAGAGGGCUCGUUGUUAAAGAGUGGGUUGAUCAAGAAGUAAUUCUUGACCAUCCCGCGGUAGGAGGGUUCGUGACUCAGUGUGGGUGGAACUCGGUGAUGGAGGCCGCGCAACGAGGAAUGCCGGUUUUGGCAUGGCCUCAGCACGGCGAUCAGAAGGUGAAUGCUUGGGUGAUACAGAAAGCGGGGCUAGGAGUUUGGGAGAAGGAGUGGGGGUGGGUUGGACAAAAAUUAGUUAAAGCUGAAGUGAUUGCUGAUAAGAUUAAGGAGGUGAUGAAUAGUGAAGAGUUAAGAAGAACUGCUAGUAAAGUUGGCGAAGAAGCUGGUAAGACGUGGGAUGCAAAUAAUGGUGGAAGCUCUAAUCGUAUGUUGAACAAUUUGAUUUCUAGUAUUGAGUCCGCGACAAAUUUGAAAAGUUAGUGAAACGUACUUUGUGAGUUGGUAACAUGAAACAUACUAUUGUAUUACUCUUUUCGUCCAUUAAGCUUAUGAUUGUCGCUUGUUCAUUGUCCCGCCAAAAACUUGAUUUUAUUAAUAAAAGUGGGGUUCGUCUGCGGUUUGCCUGUUUGGUUUGAUUUUUACAUUUAUAUAUAUAUUUUUAAUUAUGAAUA